AUGAAGAAUUUCCUCUUAGGCCUCUCGGCCCUCUUUCUGGCUUUUGUUCCCCCUGGAUUGGCUCAUACGGCUCCUAGCUCAAUCACCUUCUCUCCGCUCCUGUAUCCGGGGCCCGUCGACGUCCAGUUUACAUCUAGUCCUAGCGCUGCUGACGGCCCCAGAGUUUUUCCUAUUAAUGCGACGACAUUUGACUGGUGGUACUUCGACGCUGUGUCCGAUGAUGGAACUCAAGCUGUUACAAUCAUCUUUUUCACUUCCUCCUAUAUCGGGUUCAGCUUCAAUCCUACAAGCGCUAUCGAUCCCUUGAAUAUUUAUGUCUUCGCUAACUUCCCGAAUGGGACAUCAACUUCGUUUCCUGUACCGGCGACAUCAGUAACGAUUACUACUGAUGGCAACGGGGCGACAGGUGAAUGGACCGGUACCGGUAUUGGUUUUCAAGGAGCAGCUGACCUCAGCACCUACAAUGUCACCUUUGACAACGCCCUCUUGGGUCUGAGUGGAUCCAUCUCUCUUGCAUCUCGCGGUCCAGGUCAUUAUUACUGCGGCCCGCUAGAGGCAGGACUAGACGAGCAAGUGUUGUCUAAUAUCGGUUGGGCCAACGUUAUGCCGGCAGCUGAUGCAGUCGUUGACUUGACUCUCUCGGGUCAGCCAUUGAAAUUUAAUGGAAACGGUUAUCACGACAAGAACUGGGGUGACACACCAUUCACGUCUGCCCUUCAAAGCUGGUAUUGGGGCCACGCAACUUUUGGCGACUAUAACAUUGUCUUCUUUGACAUGGUUGACGCUGCAGGGGAGGAGAAGGUCGGGGGAUAUGCACUGCUCAACGGAGAAGUUAUUGGUUCUACCUGCACUACGGGGAUGGUGAUUCGACCAGUCGGGACGCCAUAUCCACCGACUCAGAGUACUGCACUCCCUACCCAGCUAACAAUCAAUAUGACUCUCAACGAUGGAAGCACCCUGUCUGCGGUUGUGACCAAGGUAGCGACCCAAAUUGAUAUUAAGUUAUAUACCCGCUGGAUUGGUACUAUUAAGGGUACUGUCCACGGUGUGACACAAUCUGGGUCGUCGGUAUGGGAGCAAUUUGCGGUUAACCCUUAA